CAUAACCACGUUUACUAAGAAAAAAAAUAAGAUACUCCAAAUACCUUUCCCACUAUUUCUCUCUGUUUUGCAACAAACCAAACAUCCUUAGUUUCACUCUUUCAUGGCUGGUCUUCAACAAUACAACUUUUUUCCCACUGAUCUCUUCUACCCUCGUCCGCAACCACAACAAUCUCCUACUUCUCCCACCGUGCUUCCACUCCAAACACCAAACACUGAAGAUCAUAGUCAGAAUCAACAACAACAACAACCAGCUAGUACCAUGAUCAAAACCACCCCUUCAACUUCUUCUUUGGUUUAUACCCACAAGACACAGCCUUUUGAUGUUGUUGACAAUAAUAAAUCUAACUUGUCACUAAACCCACUUUCUUUCAUGGUUUGGAUUGAUGAAGAGGAUGAAGAAUAGAACUCAAAAACACUUUUUUGAAUGAGACAAAACAACCUUGUGCUAGUUCUCAUGUUUUAGAGCUAUGUAAAUUAUUUAAGGGCUUAUUUUUCUCUUUUUUGAGUUUUUUUUUUAUCCUUUUUCAAUUUUCAUGUUACUCACAGAAGAUGGAAAUUACUAAUAAAGUUGAAAGUUUGUGAUUUUCUUUA